AGGUUACCGAGAGAAAACAACUUCAGACUGACAGUGAGUUUUAUAAACUCGUUAACUCAUAACUUUAAACAACACACAGCAUACCUUAUUAGAAUUCAUAGAAUAGUCGGCGAGUUCACCGAAGCCCGCCUACUUAUUGAAGCAGGAUGUCGCUGCAGUUCUUUGGCUGGGAAGUGACCUAUGAUGAUGCCUCUCCCCAUAUGGAGCUUGGGGCCUCUCAGGAGCCCAAAGACCGGGGUGUCUACACCAUGUACCAUGGUACCAGCGUUGCCAAUGCACAGCUCAUCAUUGCCAAUGGCUUUAAGCAGUCCUCAGGUGGCAUGCUGGGACCGGGCGUGUAUGUCAGUCGUGAUAGGAAAAAGGCUGAACGUUAUCCAUUGAACAGUAGCCUUUCAGACCGCGUGGUCCUUGAGUUACGUGUGCGUGUUGGACGUGUCAAGCGGAUUGACAAGGACAAUCAUCCUAUGCAGUACACCUGGAACACGCAGGGCUACGACACUGCCUGGGUGCCCCCCAAUUGUGGCAUGAAAGCUGUGCCCAGCGGCCUAGAGGAGGAUUGUGUAUUUGACCCCAAAAGAGUGAAGGUGGUGGGAAUUGCAAAAGCAGCGCCCAAUGUACUCGCAGAUCUUCAACAGCGCGUAACCAACAGUCUAACAAACCAGAGCGGAGGAGAUGGUGGUGCUGUGGAUGUGUGUUCCCUGUGCAAGAGAAAAACCUUGCAGGGUUCCCCACAUAUUCAGCAACCCUGCUGGGGCUGCGGGCAAAACAUCUGCACUCUCAUGACCAAGCAUGUCUGUCGAGUUAGCGCCUGAGAGGGUGUAUGGGCCUGAAAUAUAAUUCAGUUACAGAUGGGAUGAGGGUCCCCAUCCAAAUGACCUGGCAGAGUGGGGGGAAAACUAAAGCUAAAGUGAAACUAAAAUUCUCAACUCAGGGGUCUCAUCAUACUUUGGAAACAGGACUCAAAGUUUAGGCUUUUCUUCCGCAUAUGAUCUGUAAUUGGUGUAAUACAGUAUGUUGUUUAUUCUAAACAUGUCUUCAAGAUCACUGUAUAUACUCUAUAUAUAUAUACUGUAUAUACAUAUAUAAAUUAUGUAUGGGUGAUGUAAAUAAGCAAAUGAAAGAUAUUCUAAUUGACACUCCAUUUGUGUUAUAUUGAUGGGUUAGCGUGCACCAGUUUUAUGUGCAAUCAAGAUGAGACAAUCUUUAUAUAUUGAGCAAAUUGCCUUUAUUUUAGCCUUAAUGUGUGGUACACUUUGAAAAAAUGUGAUAAUGCUCAUGAUUUUGAUUUACUGAACUGAUUUGAUUUACUUAACAUUGCAUUACCAACAGUCAAUGACCAAAGAAUAAUGUAACUAAUAAAUGUCAUAUUCAUAAUA